AUGAAUUAUUCGACGCUGGCAAUUGUCACAACCACUCGAAUCAUGGAUCCAAAUCGUAAUUUCUCUUUGCCACCACCACGGCCCGACCAGACAUUUGUUACCGUUUCCGCCAUCGAUGGAGGAUCCAUAACGCUUCCUGAUAGGUGUUUCGUGACCCCGAGCAACCCCGACGAGAGGAGGACAGUGCCUUCGUUGGCAUUUCUGAUAGAGCAUCCGCGCGCGCAUUUGUUCGGGCAUAAUGGAUUGGCCGACAAGCCUUUUCGCUUCAUGUUUGACCUCGGUCUUCGGUCUGAGCUUCGCCGCUACAUACCUGCGCAGCAAGCCCAUCUUGUGCACCGAGAGCCGUACCUUCUCGGACCUGGCGUAGUCGGGAACUUGAAGAAACGAAGUCUGACGCCCGCAGAUAUCAAUGCCGUAGUGCUCAGCCACGUUCACUAUGACCAUCACGGGGAUCCCGAGGACUUCGACCAGUCAACAUUUAUCGUAGGACCCGGAUCCUUGGAAAUUCUUCAAAAUGGACUUCCUGGGACAACAGCUACACACCAAUGCUUCGAUCCAAACCUCCUUCCAAAGAAUCGAACAGUGGAAUUACCCCCAGUCUCCAGCAACGGCACGAGGACAAAGAUGCCGAACGGAACUUCAGUAGAAUGGUCAUGGGAUUCUAUCGGCCCGUUUCCAGCAGCUCUUGACUUAUUUGGGGACAGCUCGGACAUUAUUUUGACAAUGGUGCCAGAAGGUUCCCAUGUUAAGGCGGUAUAUCUCACACCUAGAACAGGUGUUCUAGCAGCCGAUGUUUCCUCGAAGCUAUUAAUCGAUUGUUCAACCAUUGACACGGCGACUUCUCUCCUCGUGCGAGAAAGUGUGACAGCAAAAUUCCCAUCCGCACUCUUCUACGAUUCUCCUGUAUCUGGAGGAUCGUUGGGAGCAGCUAAAGCAACUUUGACAUUCAUGGUCGGGUGUGCGGAGGAUAAUGUGCACUACAAGCUGUUACGGGACUUAUUGGGUAUGAUGGGUACAUCGAUAUUCCCUUGCGGAGGGCCAUCUCUAGGUCUCACAGCCAAGUUAAGCAACAAUUAUUGUUCGGGACUCAUCGCUAUAGCUACAUCGGAAGCGAUGAAUAUUGGUAUGAAGUCUGGCAUGGAUCCUAGGGUCCUCGCAAGCAUCUUCCGCACGAGCACAGCGCAGAGCUGCAUUUCCGACAAGUGGAAUCCUGUACCUGGAAUUUGUCCCGAGGCACCAGCUAGUCACGGUUAUGCAGGUGGUUUCAAGGUUCAGUUGAUGGAGAAGGACUUCGGAUUGGCGGUUAAAGCAGCAGAGGCUGUUGGCGCAAAAUUGGCACUUGGUGAUGCUGGCUUGCAGACUUAUGCGGGUGCAAGCAAGGACUCUCGAUGCAGAGACUUAGAUUCGAGAGUUAUUUUUCGAUAUUUGGGAGGCAACGAGGCUUGGGCCCAGGACUUGGAGGGAAAACAAUGA